GGUUCUUCAACUUCACAUAUCUAUCGAGGAUGGCCGGCGGCGGGACCAAGGGGAAAGGUGGCAAGGCCAGCACCGCUGCCAAGGUUGCGAAUAAGAAGCGCAAGGCACCUCAGAGCAAUCAAGGCAAUGUGCACCAGAAGCGAGUGAAAGCUGCAGAUAAAACUCCAGUCAAGAAAGGCAAACCCAGUGCAGCUAAGAAAGUCAAGAAGGCUGCGGCAGCUUCACAAGUCGAGGAAGACGAUGACGUGGAGAUCGCUGACGAAGAUAUUGAGUUCUUUGAGAGUCACGACCAGUUUUCGUCGUUUCUGUCGACCAUGGACCGAAAUGCAAUCAGCAAAUCCACCAAAAAGACAUCAUCACUAAACAAGCCUGUGCGGGAGCCAAAAUCCCUCGAGGAAAUUGAAUCCGCCCCGCGCGCGGCGCCGGCUGAAGCGAAAAAGUCGACCAUUGACAUUUCCACCAAGCUUCCUGUCAAGACAUUUGACGGUGCUUUGCAGCCCAACAAAUUGAUGGAGGAAAUCGUCGAAGAAGCGGAGGAAGAAGGCGGUGAUGAUGAUCAAGAGGAUGACGAGGACGACGAAGACGGAGGCGAUGGAUCGGAACUGGGCAGUGGUGACGAAGAAAUGUCCGACUUGGAAGUCGAAGAGAUCACGGAUUUCCAAGAGCCGUCUGCUCCGGCGAAGAAACCGGCCACGAUCUCGCUAGACGAGCUCAAGGCGAUGCAGGCCCGCCGCUUGCACGCCAAAAAGGAAGAGUUGGCGUUGCUGUGUGAAAGCAUCUUGGAGUCGCCGGAGGACGCAGUGAAGAAGUCCAAGGAACACCCGGAACAAUUGAGUAAAUUCCAGCAGCUCCAUGCGAUGUGCGAAGACACGGACGUUACGUUGGUCAAGCUCGCGAUGUUGUCCGAGCUGUCCGUGCUACUCGACGUGCUGCCCGAUUACCGCAUUCGGAUCGGGUCAGAAGCCGCGAGCAGCGGGCCGCAAAAGAAGCGGGUGAAGGAAAUGAAGGAAUUCGAAUCCGGGAUGCUCAACCAGUACCAAACAUUUCUCAAGUUUUUGUCGGCCACGGCCACCACCAACCUGUCGACGCUCCACCCAAACCAAAUGACACGUACAGCAACACAACAGAUCGAGUUUGGCGUUGCAGAAACGGCCGUCAAGUGCCUGGCCGAGUUGCUCAAGGUCAAAUAUGCGUUCAACUUUAACCUCAACCUGAUCCACGCGAUGGUGCCGCUCGCCGACAGCCCGUUCGUGAGCAUCCAGCGACCAGUUUGCGACGCGUUUGAAGUUGUGUUUAAGACGGACAAGUCGGGCCUAGCGCCGCUCGAAAUCGUCAAGGACAUGGCCAACUAUGUGAAGAAGCGCCACCAUCGCGUUAGCGAACGCAUGAUCAAGACGCUGCUCGCAAUGCCGCUGGACGUGACCAUGGAAGCGGGGGAGAUCGCCCGACGUGUGGCCAAGUCGAGUCGAAAAAAGCGCCGACGCCAGCAAAAGGAGGGGGACACCAUUGCGACGGGACUCAAAGAAGCGGAAGCCGUCGUCGACAAGUCGGAGCGCGACAAGACUCAAGCCGACAUUUUGCACGAACUUGUUCUCAUUUACUUUCGGAUCUUGAAAAACUCGACGUACUCACCCGCGAUGCCGGCCGUCUUGGAGGGUCUGACCAAAUUCGCUUACCUCAUCAACUUGGAGAUCAUGAUCGACCUCAUGAAGGUGCUCAAAGCGCUGCUGAAGGAGGACAUUUUGCCUUUGUCGGCGGCGCUGCAGGCGAUCUUGACCGGGAUUAAAACGUUGCAAGGACCUGGCCAAGAGCUCAAGGUCGACGAGAAGGACUUUGUCGACCAUUUGUACCGCCUGCUCCUACGGUUUGCCCAGGGUGAAAACGUUGCUUGCUUCAACACAGCGUUGUUGUGCGUGGAAGCAGUUUUCAUCAAGCGAAAGGAAAUCGUCGUGGACCGCGUCGCAGCCUUCAUCAAACGCCUGCUCGUCGUCUCGAUGUUUCUGUACCCGCAUCAAAUGCUCGCCGUGUCGGCGCUAAUUCGAAGUCUCUUUCACCGGUACUCGAAGUUGCACCAGUUGCUGGAGACCGAUCAAGACCGCGUCGCGUCGGGCAUGUAUCGCGCGGAUGUGGACGACCCCGACUUUUGCAAUCCGUUCGCGUCGGCAUGCUGGGAACUGAGCUUCCUCGGCAAGCAUUACCAUCCCGUCGUUGCGUCGUUCUCGACGGGCACGGCCAACUUGGAGCCGUCGCUGCCAAACGAACACCCAAAGGCGAUGCUGGAACGAUACGACACAGUGACGUCGGGGGAGUUCGUCCCGAAAGUGCCAGUUCCAAAGCCCAACCCCCUCCACACCAAGAUCCAAAAGCAAAAGAAGUCCAAGGCCGUGUUCGUUCAACAGACCUUCGCCAACCCGUCGCCGUUCUUGGAAGACUGCCUCGCUCUCGACACCACCGACCACCUCACGCACGACGUCAAUUGUUUCUUCGUGUCUGUCGAGUGAGAAUUUAAUCACGAACGGUGAAAUAUCUUGUAUUGCUAUCCUUGCCGCCGUCGCCUGCCGAG